ACAUUGUCUAUAUUAUAACACCUAAGACAAUUUUCACGGCGCACGUGGACUUAUAUUUUAAAAUAUUUUCGAAAUCCUUUUGAGUGAAUUGAAUGUAAUCGAAAACUAAUAACUUUUGUAUAUAUUUAUAAGAAAGUAAAGUUCAAUUGAUGCAUUAUGGAUUAUGAGAAACGUGAAGAUACUACUUUACAUGUAGAUGAAUUAAGAUUAAUGUUAGAUUAUUAUUCUGAACACCCACCACCUUGGAUUGAACUUAAUAUUCCUCCAUUGCCAAAAAAAAAGAAGAUGUCUAACAAUGAUGUAAAAGUAGUGGAAAAGGUAUUGUGGUUGUUGAAAUUAUCAGCUGAGUAUUUUCGUGAUUUAUGGAAUUGGUCAGAUUUUGCUCAUAUGUUUUUAAGGCAUGAUGAUUCAUAUGUUGUUUGGUUAGCAUGUCAGUGUAUGGCUAUUGUUCUUCAAUUGACUGAGUCUGAAAAGCUGAAUUUAAUUUAUCAAUACAUAGAUUCAAGAUCACAUAUAGAGUACUUAUUGUUAUAUAAUACAAAACCAUACUUAUGUGAUAAAAAUCUUCAUUCGUAUGUAACAAAUGAUUAUAUUACUGUUGAAGAAGUUUCAUUGCCUAUUGUAGGCCCAUCAAAACAAAAUGAUGAACUUAUUUUGGUGCAUUCGACAAAAAAAAAUAUAAGAAAUUUGGCACUUGCUAUUUCUGCAGGUAAAGUAGUUUGCUUAGUUGGACCUGUUGGAAGUGGAAAAAGUGUAUUGAUUCGUUAUUUAGCUGAUAUUACUGGACAUAGUAAUAGAAAAUUAUUGACCGUUCAACUUGGGGAUGAAACUGAUUCAAAGAUGAUGCUUGGUUCAUAUCAUUGUACGGAUAUUCCUGGAGAAUUUGUGUGGCAACCGGGAGUUUUGACCAAGGCUGUGACUGAAGGAUUAUGGCUUUUGCUUGAAGACAUAGAUUGUGCAUCUAGCGAUUUAGCGGCAGUUCUUGUUUCCCUUAUAGAAAAUAAUUCAUUAACUGUGCCUGGAUUUAGGGAUAGGAUUAUUCCUGCCACUGGAUUUCAGCUUUUUUUUACUCAAAGAAUUUUAGCUACUGCUUGUGGUGGGUCUCAUCAAAAACAUAAUAUUGCAACUGAUUUAUUAGAAAAACACUCUGUUCAAGUAAAUGUAGAACCAUUAACUAAAAAUGAACUUAUUGAAGUUGUAGAAACCAAGUUUCCUAUUUUGAAAACAAUAGCUACAAAAAUUGUAGAUGUUUUUUUAUUGUUUUCUGUUGGAUUUCAUGAAAAGUAUGAUUAUACUUGCAUAAAAAGUAUUAGUAGAUUAACUUCCACUAGGGAUCUGAUGAAAUGGUGUUCAAGAGCAGUUAAUGAGUAUAGUGUUACUUCCAGUGAGUCAGCUUUGAAAGUAAUUCAAGAUGCUAUAGAUGUAUUUUGUUGUAGUGCAGUGAACUCAAAAAUUAGAAUUGAAUUGGCUUGUCAUAUUGCUUCAUUAAUUGGCGUAAUAAAAACAAAAGCUGAAUAUAUUUUAAAUGAAUAUAAACCUACUAUAGUCCUUGGUGAAAAAUUUUGUAUUGCUGGACGUGUGACAUUACCACGUACUGAUAUACUUUUAACAGAAAAUAAUUUAACAAAUAGUAAAUUUGCUCUUACACGUUCAUCUUCUUGUCUGUUGGAAAGAGUUGCUUGUUGUAUUGCUGCAAAAGAAUCAGUUUUACUAGUAGGGGAAACUGGUACAGGAAAAACAUCUACACUACAGUUGUUAGCUAGGCACACUGGAAAUAAACUAAUCGUUUUGAAUAUGAAUCAACAAAGUGACAGUGUUGAUCUAGUUGGAGGUUAUAAACCAGUAGAAUUAAAAUACAUAGUCAAACCUAUUAGAGAGGAAUUUGAGAACUUAUUUAGAGCUGAAUUUAACAUAGAACAGAAUACUAAGUUUUUGGGCCACAUAUCGACUUGCUUUAACAAUCAGAAAUGGCAAAACUUAAUAAAAUUAAUAAAACAUGUAACUCAAAAGGCUUUGAAUAAAAAUAAUAAAAGUAAUAAACCAGUUGAUUCAUGGUUAAAACUUAAUGAAAAACUAACAUGCUUUGAAAAUCAGUUUAAACAAUGCCAAACAGCUAUGGCAUUUGCUUAUGUUGAAGGAAGUCUUAUUCGUGCUGUUAAAGAAGGUUAUUGGGUUUUGUUGGAUGAAAUAAAUCUUGCUUCAGCUGAAACAUUACAAUGUUUGUCUAGUUUACUUGAAUCUUGUGGAACUAUAAAUGUGUAUGAAAGAAAAGAUACAAAUCCUAUAAUAAGACAUAAAAACUUUCGACUUAUGGCAGCCAUGAAUCCUGCAACAGAUAUUGGUAAAAAAGACCUACCCCCUGGAAUAAGAAAUAGGUUCACUGAAUUCUAUGUUGAUGAGUUAACUGAACGAUCAGACUUAAUCACUAUGACAGCAUGUUAUCUCCCAGAUUACACCGCUCAAAAAUUAAAUGCCAUGUCCAAGUUUUAUUUAAUAGCUAAAAGAGAAUCAGAAAAAUCACUAGUUGAUGGAACAGGACACAAACCUCAUUAUAGUUUACGUACUUAUUGUCGUGCAUUAGCUAUAGCCUCAUCAAACCCUUGUCAAUCUGCACAAAGAUCAUUAUACGAAUCAUUUUGUUUAAGUUUUUUAACACAGUUAGAUAGUGCUUCUCAUAAAACUGUUGAGUCUUUAAUUUCUUCUACUAUAUUUGGUGAAAAAUUAAUUCAAGGUGUUAUAAAUCAACCCAUUAUGAAACCUAGUACAGGAUCAUAUGUUCAAUUUGAAGGCUAUUGGAUUAGUAAAGGCAAUUUGGAACCUUUGACUACUCAAAAAUACAUCUUAACAGAUAGUGUUAAAAAGAACCUGCGUGAUCUUGUUAGGGCAGUUUCAUUGAGUUGUUAUCCUGUAUUAAUUCAAGGUGAUACUUGUGUUGGAAAAACAAGUCUUAUUACUUAUUUAGCAGCAGCAUCUGGUAAUAUUUUAGUUCGUAUCAACAAUCAUGAACAUACUGAUCUACAAGAAUAUAUUGGUUCCUAUUCGGCUGAAUCAUUAACUGGCCAAUUAGUAUUUAAAGAAGGUGUCCUUGUUGAAGCAAUGAGAAAAGGAAAUUGGAUUGUAUUAGAUGAAUUAAAUUUAGCCCCUACUGAUGUACUUGAGGCUUUAAAUCGUGUUUUAGAUGAUAAUCGAGAAUUAUUUAUACCCGAAACACAAACUUUAAUUAAAGCUCAUCCAGGAUUUAGAUUAUUUGCCACACAAAACCCUCCAGGACUUUAUGGCGGCCGCAAAAUUUUAUCUAGAGCUUUUAAAAAUCGAUUUAUUGAAAUGCAUUUUGAUGAGAUUCCUGCUAAUGAAUUGGAAACAAUAUUAUAUAAACGGUGUGAAAUGCCUCCAUCUUAUGCUAAAAAAGUAGUAUUUGUCAUGAAGGAUCUUCAGUCCAAUAGAAAAGGUAGUGCUGCUUUUGCGGGUAAACAUGGAUUUAUUACCCUGAGAGAUUUAUUUAGAUGGGGUGAGCGUUAUAGAUUAGCAAAUGCCCCUGAAAAUUAUAAUUGGAAUCAACAUUUAGCAGAUGAAGGUUUUUUAGUAUUAGCAUCGAAAGUACGAAAACAAGAAGAAGAACAAAUAAUAAUACAAACAUUAGAAAAACAUUUCAAAUGUUCAUUAUCAUUAGAUAGAUUAUUUACUUUAAGUGAAAAAUCUUCAUUAGUUACUCGUCAUAUCCUAGAAAAAAUUCAACAACCACCACUAGGAUUUCAACAAAUAUUCUUGUCAAAAAAUAUAAGAAGAAUGAUUGUACUAUGUUGCAAAGCAAUUGAGUUUAAUGAACCUAUUUUACUUGUUGGUGAAACUGGUUGUGGUAAAACAACUGUUUGUCAAAUGAUUGCAUGUAUAAUUUCUAAAAAAUUAUUGACUGUCAAUUGUCAUCAACACACAGAAAGUUCUGAUUUCUUAGGAGGAUUACGUCCAGUUAGAAGUAAAGAAAAUGAAAAUGACCAAAGACUUUUUGAGUGGGUUGAUGGGCCAUUAAUAAAAGCCAUGGUAGAAGGGCAUAUGUUUUUAGCUGAUGAAAUAUCUCUUGCUGAUGAUAGUGUUCUAGAACGUUUCAAUUCAUUAUUAGAACCUGAGAGAAAAAUUUUAUUAAGUGAAAAAUUAGGAAAUAAUAACAGUAGUUCAGAACUUGUAGCCCAUCCUGGUUUUUGUUUUGUUGGAACAAUGAAUCCUGGAGGUGAUUAUGGUAAAAAAGAGUUAUCACCUGCACUUCGAAACCGUUUAACUGAAAUUUGGUGUGUGGGAUGUUCAGAUAAUGAUGAUCUUAUACAAAUAAUUAAAAGAAAUUUUUUAAAAUUCCAUGAUUACAAUUUGUAUUUAAGCGAAUCUAUGACACGAUUUGUCAAUUGGUUAACAAUUACUGAACCUGUUAAAAAUUAUUUAAAAAUGAAUAUAAGUAUUAGAGAUUUUUUGAUUUGGGUGCAAUUUAUUGAAGCUAUGAUGAACAAAUUAUCUAGUGAUGAUUCUAACUACAACAAUAUAAAAUCUUUUAGAACAUUUUAUAAAGAAGGUGCAAUAAUGAUUUUUUUAGACAAAAAAACAACCUCUGACAAAGUUUUGGAUGAAUACAUUUACUCUGCUUUACGAGAUUCUUUACUUGAUAACAACCAUACAACAUCUGGUGACGUUUUUGGUAAUUUACAAGAUUAUUUUCCACAUAUUGCAGCACCAAAAUGGUUUGGCUAUGAUGGUUAUUAUAUUCCUCAAGGAAAUCUACCUCAAAAAUUUGUUGCUGAAUUUUCCUUUGAAACUCCUAUUGCCAAACAAAAUAUUAAAAGACUAUUAAGAUGUAUGCAAAUAGAAAAUCGUGCUAUUCUAUUAGAAGGUAGUCCUGGAGUUGGAAAAACUAGUCUUGUUCAAGCAAUUGCUAAAGCUUCAGGACAUGAAUUAACACGGAUAAAUCUUUCUGAACAAACAGAUGUAUCUGAUUUAUUUGGAGCCGAUUUACCCACUGAUGGUGGUGAUGGAGGAAGUUUUGAAUGGAGAGAUGGUCCAUUUUUGAGAGCAUUAAAAGAAGGAAGUUGGAUCCUAUUAGAUGAGUUAAAUUUAGCUUCUCAGUCAGUUCUGGAAGGGUUAAAUGCUGUUCUUGAUCAUAGAGGAGAGUUAUAUAUACCAGAACUUGGAAAAACAUUUCUUGUUAAAUCAAAAAACACAAGAUUAUUUGCAUGUCAAAAUCCUAUGAAUGAAGGUGGAGCUAGAAAGGGACUACCUAAGUCAUUUUUAAACAGAUUUCUUCAAGUUUAUUUAGAUAUUUUAGACAGUAAUAAUAUUGUUAGUAUUAUUAAAAAAGUAAAUGAUUCUAAUGCAAAAAAAAUAGAAUCUUUAAAUUUGGAUAAAGUUGUUAAUUUCACAGAAACAUUAAGUAAAAAGUAUAAUGUUGAUUUCAACUUAAGAGAUAUAUUACGGUGGGUUGAAGUAACUAUUAAAUUUGAUUGUAAUAUUCUUGAUCAUCUUCCACUAAUAUUGACUGAUCGAAUGGCUAAUCUGAAAUGUGUUGAGAAUGAGGUUUUUGCUGAAAUUAAAAACUUAUUAAACAUAGAUUUUGAAAAAUAUGAGUACAUUAAAGUAUUACCAUCUACAGUUCUUUUUAAUCGAUUUGAAAUUCCUCGCAAAUGUGCUGUAGGAACACCUAUUGAUCAGUUUAAUCAACAUUUAAUUCUUAGAUCACAUAUCCAUACACUUAACUCUUUAGCUGUUUGCAUUAAAAUGAAUUGGAUGCCCAUAUUGGUUGGUACUAGCAGUGGAAAAACUUCAGUUGUUAAAACUCUAGCUCAAUUAUGUGGACAAGAAUUACGAGUUUUGCCCGUAAAUAGUUCAAUGGACUCAGUUGAAAUUUUAGGAGGAUUUGAACAAGCUGAUUAUAAUAGGCAUCUUGAAGAAAUAGCUAAAAAGGUAGAAUCUUGUGUUUAUAAUAAAGUUAGCUUACAAUUGAUUGAUAGUAAAAUUGAUUGUGUUUUAUUAUUGGCGCUAUGGUAUAAAUUUCAAAGAUUGUCAGAUGUUCAAAACAGCAUUGGAAUUACUAUGGCAUCUGAAACUUCUUUGUUCAAACAACGAAUAUCAGCUUUAGUUGAAAUAACUAAUUUAAUUGAAAACUCUGAUUUUUCAUCCCAACUUAAAAUGUUAAUUAAUCGUGUUAAUGUUACUGGUAGCUUAAAUGCUGGUGGGAAAUUUGAGUGGAUUGACAGCUUAUUAGUGAAGUGCUUAAAUAAUGGCAUAUGGCUAUUGAUUGACAAUGUCAAUUUAUGUAGUCCUGCAGUCCUAGAUCGUUUAAAUGGUUUGUUAGAACCAAAUGGAUGUCUAGUUUUAGGAGAAAAAGGCAUAGGGUCUGAUGGACAUUUAACAAUUAUCAAACCGCAUGAAAAUUUCCGACUUUUUUUAGCUAUGGACCCUAAACAUGGUCCUAUAUCAAGAGCAAUGAAAAAUCGGGGUGUUGAAAUUUAUAUGGAAACUUUAGAAGAAAGUAGUGUACAUGAUAUUCAUUCAUUAUUAGAGUUGCAAGGCAUUAAAAAUUAUUCAAUAAGAUAUACAUUAAUUGAAAUUCAUAAAUCAAUUAAAAAUUUAAAAACGGGAGUUAAUAUCAAUCACUUAUUAAGAACAGCUUAUUUAAUAUAUCAAAAUUUAAAAAGAAAACAACCAAUUUUGCAAAUUAUACGAGAAACGUGUAUUGAUAUUUAUCUACAAAGUGUAUUUGGAAAUUCAAAACAAAAUGCCAUCUUAGAAAUAGAUAGAAUUUUAGCGAAUCAUAAUGAUAAACUUCUUGAGAAUCAUAUUUUGUAUUCUAAUAUUAAAACACUUGAUGUUUUACAAUCAGCAAAUUUAUGUUAUAUUCAACAACAAAGUGAUAUUUUGAAACAGUACAAAAAAAUUAAUAAUAUUUCCUUAGAAGAUUUGUUAUUAUCAUAUUUUGGACGAUCUUCUAGUACUGAUUUAAUAACUAGAAGUCAAUGGCUACUUACAAAUAUAAAUUUUGAAUCUGAAGCUAUUCUAAAUUUUAUAAAAUGUGUACCUAAUUUAGAAUUUGACAUGUUGACUUAUGUAAACAAAACUAUAAAUUGUAAAGAUUAUAAAGAUUUACCAUAUGACUGCAGAUAUUUACCAGUUAUCUAUUAUAAUAAUACAUUAAACAAAAUGACACCUAGUGCUGAAAAUAAAAUACAUUUAAUUUUAGAACAUGCUUUAAAUAAGGCUUUAGAUGAUGACUCUGCUAUUUUUAAGAACCACAAAAAGAGAGAAAUGAUCCAAGAUGGUGGAAUGCUUCACGAUUAUGCGGUUUUUUCAGCUGCUUUUGAUGACUUUAUUGAUUAUUUCCUGAAUGAGUAUUCAUUGGUCAUUGAUGAAAUUAAUUACAGAUCAUUUAAAGAAAUUAUUUGUUGGACUAGAACUAUUGAAAAAUUAAUUUAUUUAAAUUUAGAGAAAAAUGCAGAAUUUCUCAUAGUAUUGACAUAUUGCUAUUUCAGUGUAAUUGUUAAACAUUUUAUUCCAUUAUCUGAAUCCAUUACAAUUGGUGAAAAAUAUGCAUAUUUAGAAAGAUUGAAGUUAAUGAGGGAUGAAGUUCAGAGAAACUAUUUGACACCUAAACGUUAUGCAAAAUUAUUAAAGUGUUAUGUAAAACGAAUGCAGAUACCUAUACAUCAAUGUUGCAAAUUCCAUGCUGAUAUAUUAAUUGAAGCUCAUAUAAAACAUAAUGAAUAUUUUUCUGCAAUCAAGUCAAAAAAUAAUAUUGAAUUGUCAAUUAUUGAAGAAACAAAAAUUCAAAGAAAUAAAAUAAUUAAAAUAUCCAAUUUUAAUUGUGACACUUUUAAAACAUCAAAUGUUGAUAAUAAUUUUAAAGAAUUUUGUGGUGUUCAAAUGAAUGAUCUAGAAUUAAAACUUUUACCAUUAUGGGAAUUAAUAAUUGAAAAGUUAUUUCUUGUACUCGUACACUUAUAUUUUGAUAGUAAAAAUACAUUUACAACAAACAAUAAUAUUAUGUUUUCAAAGUCUUUAUUACAAUAUAUACCAACAGUAUCCCCAUUUUACUACCAUUCAUUGAAAAGUAAUCAAGUUAGUAUUGAUUUUUUAUUGGAAGCUUUGAAACAUUCAUUAAAUUCUGUUGCUGUUGAUUGUCCAACAAUAUUUUUGGAAUUGUCAGACAAUAAAAAUGUUUGUUUGCAUAAACAAGAUGAAAUUAUUGACAAGGAUAUUUUUUCAUUUGAACAACCUUUGUUUAGUGUGUUUAUGACUAAAAUAUUAUUAAAAAAAAAUGAGCCCUACUACAUUUUUGCUCCAAAACCUAUACGAUCUAUACAUCACAAUAAUCAUAAUAUGAAACUCAUAAAACAAUUCAUCAAGUACAACUUUAAAUGGACCACAAAAAUUCAAUUUACAAAAUAUAAUGUUUUAAUCAAACUUACUGAAUCAUUUUUUUCAUCUCUUCUACCUGUUGAUUUUACAUCUCUUGAAGAACUAUACUUAACAAGAGAUGAUGAUGAAUGCCGAAAAUCAGUUUCUGCAAAAGUAAAUCAUCAUGAAACUAUGGUGACGGCAAUUUAUGAUGCUGCUAAAGAAAUUUCUUAUAUAAAAAGAAACAUUUAUCUUAGCAGUCAUAUGAAAUCAAAAGCUGACAAUAAAUUUAAUAGUUUGAGUAAACAAUUGCAAUAUAGUUCUGGUCGCUUAUGGAUAAUUUCGGGUAUGUGCUUAUUGGAAGUAUUCUCUGCAAUUAGUCCAGUUGAUCCUAUACAAAAACUUAAAGUUAAAAUUGCUUGUUCAGAAGCAGAAAAAAAUAAACUUCAAAGUAGACUAAAUGCUGAAAAAAUAUUUUGUGAAGUUGAAGGAAUUUCAGAAUUAUUCCCAUUUAGAGAUUAUUUUAUUCAAAGACUCAAAGCAUUAAAUGAUGAAAGCACUAGUUUAGGCUAUAGACCAGAACCACCAGUAUACAAUUAUAUUUUAGAAGAAGUUACACGUUUUUCAAAGAUGUAUGGAUUAGAUAGUAACACUUACUCAUUAAUAAAUUCUGAUCAAACUAAUCGGGAACAAAUUGUAAGUGAAAUGGAUAAUUGGUUAUCUUCAGUUGCUAGUUUCCAUGAUCGAUUAAAUGAGCAUUAUGCUGCAUAUCCCGAUGUACUUAGUGGAAUACUUCUUUCUGUCAAUCAAAUGAGAUAUGGAAUGAGAAUUUUACGAAACUAUUUUAAAUGGUCAUUAGAAAGAGAAACACAUAUAACACAUAAUCAAGAAAAAUUAUUAAGAUUACUUGGCGAAUUCCCUAGAUAUUGCCCUGACAUUAUGGAAAUGGUUGAUAUGGAUGAUAUAGCCUCUAUGAAUACAAAUGAUAAAUUUAGGUGGUAUAAAUUAUGUUUAGAAGAGUUAAAUAACAUGCUUUACUUAAGCCGUUUACAUAGUGGAUCCACUGAACAUAUAAACACGAUAAGAAGUAUUAUUGAAAAAUUUGUAUAUAAUUGGAAAUGUCUUCAAGAAGAAGAAGAACAUAAAAAACAAGAGCAAGAAAGUUUGUAUAAAUUAAAAUCAGUUUGUGAAGUAACUUCAGUAGAUGCAGAUAUUGCACAAGGAGUAACGCAACAAUUUCCAACUACAAAAAUGGCUGAUUUCAAUGAUAUUGAAGGUCCUAAUACACUUGAUAGUGAUAUUAUUGAAAACAAUACUGAAGAGCUGUAUAAUCUAACUGAUAAAGAUAUAAAUGAUAUUUGUCGAUUGCAUGAUCAAUUAGUGCGACCGGCAGCUUUAACUCACUGGUUGUCACCAACAACUUAUGAUUUCGAUGAAAGUGAUGCAAUUUUUCGUAUAAAAAAUACAUUUUCUGAAAGAUUUUGUAUGUUUGGAAAAUUAUUAUUAGAAAAAUUUAUGUAUUUAGAUUAUUCAUUAGAUAAUGAAAUGAUUCCGUGGAUGCUUCUUGCUACAGAUAUUGCAAGUAAUCCUACAAAACCUUUAAAUAAAAGUUUUUAUGAUUUUUAUAGAGAUUCUAAUAUAGAAUAUGCUAUAAAAACAUUUGACCUCCUUAGAAAUAUCGAAGAUCAAAUUAAAAGUCUUCUUGAAGAAUGGCCAGAUCAUCCAACACUUCAAACAAUAAUGAAAGUUAUUGACCGAAUGAUGGAAUUUGAUUGGUGUAGUCCAACUUGUCGUUUUCUUGUUGGAUUAGAACUUCUCUUGACAAAACUCCAUGAAUGGGAAGAAGUUGCUCAUCGUGGUAUUAGUGUAAAUGAAUUAGUUUUAAAAGUAUCUUAUUGCAUUCAAGAUUAUCGAAAUCUUGAACUGAGUACUUGGAAUAACUGUUUACAAUAUACAUUUAAAAAACUGCAAAAUGACUCUUGUAAAUGGUGGUUCCAUUUGUAUUCAAUUUUUCAUGGAUACUUAAACAAACAAGAUAGUUUUCAGCAACUCAUUGUCACUUUACAAAAAUUUAUGGAGAGUUCUACAUUAGGACAGUUCUCAACAAGAUUGAAACUUCUAUAUACGUUUCAUUGUGAUAUAAUUAACAGAGAACAAUCCAAAGAACAAAUUGAAAUGUGUAAUGCUUCUUGGAAUUUGUACAAAUAUUAUUCUCAGUUUGAAAGUUAUAUAAAUACUCAAAUAGAAAAUCUAACUGCUGAUGUUAAAAAAAAAUUACGAGACUUUGUGAAAAUAAUAAAAUGGAAUGAUAUAAAUUAUUGGUCCAUCAAAGAAACAGUUACUAAAGUUCAACAAACUUUACAUAAAUAUACUAGAGAAUAUGAAGAAAUUUUAAAUAACCCUGCUUCUACAGCUAUGACAAUUCAACAUAAUAAUACCGGAACUAAAGUAGAUCCAUAUGUUCUUCCUUCUUUCAAUUUAAAUGAUUAUACAAAGGAGUGUGAAAUCACAAUAAACUUAACUAUGGCUACAGAAGUUCUUGCAAAUGUCAAUAAGUAUUCUAAGAAGCUUACCAAAUUAGCUCACAAAACCAUGGAUAAAUGUCAAUAUCCAAAUUAUAUCGCUGAAUUAAAUGAAUUUAUAAAUGGUGUAUUAGAAUCAGCUGAAGAUUUACGUAUGUUACAAAUAAGUUCGGAAUUGCCCAAAGAUAAACAAAAAUCUCAAGCUAAACAAUUUUUACAACAAAAGCGAAAAGCAUUAUCUGAAUUAUUUAAAGCCCUUCAACAAAUUGGAUUAUCUUUUAAAUCUGGUUUAAUGUCAUGUGAAAAAAUUAAUGAUGCAAUUGAUUUUGCUCGUUUGCCGCCAGUAGAAAUAAAUGCAGCCUUUGAUUCUUUGACUCCUAAACCAGCAGAUAAUGAUAUUCGUUGUGCUUGGUUAGAAAGUGAAACAUAUUUUAUUAAAUCAGUAUCACAAACUACAGCUCUUAAAAUAGCAUCUGAAAAGCCUAAAUUAGGUCAACAAGAUAUGGAUCGUAUUAAGGGUUUCCUUAAUGAUCUAGUGAAAAUGACAUGGAAAUCUAAAAAAGUAUUAGCUUAUCAUGUAGAUCUACUUGUUCAAUAUCGAAGCAUGUUAUAUUUAUCUGACAUCAUCACUCAAUCUGACAGUAUAGUUUUUAAUCCAUCAGAAAAUAUAAAAUGUCCAAUAAAUUAUAUUAUUAAUAGUAUUAAUGUUCUGCAACAGUUAAAAGUUUACAUUCAAUGUUAUGAUCAAUCAAUCAAUUCAGAUGAAAUAUUAUUUAAUCUACUAUCAUCUAAAUCAUCCGAAGACAAAAAUAGUAGUUUUAUAGAUAGUCCUAAGAUAACUAAUGAUGUUAUUUCAAAUCUUAACGAUAUUAUUAACAGAUCUCAAAAUUACUUGACAUUAAUGACUAAAGAAAAAUCUGUUAAUGCUAUGAAAUUAUCUAAAUUACAUUUUAUAACAAAGAAUGAUUAUGCAGAUGCUGUUUCUAUUUGUGAAUUAAUAUCUCAAUAUAUAAACAAUUUUUACAGAGAAAUUUUAAUGGUAGAAAAACAAUUUCCUAAAAUUAGGGCUGAACAUGAAUUGUUUACUACUGAUGCCAGCAUUCCAUCUGAACAUACAUCUACAUCUUUAGAUGCAAUUAGCCAAUUAAUUAAUUUAGUCCUCAAGUCUGUCGAAAAACUAUAUAAAAAGUAUAAUGAUACCCAAUUAAAUAAUGAUGAUGAAAAGUUACUAAAAUGUCAAAUUAUUCAAUCUUUAUCUGUUGAUUUGGAAAUUUGUGACUUAAAUCUUAUCAACAAACAAUUAAAAAAUGUAUUAAAAUUAUCUGUUGGAGAUAAUAUUUUACGGUCUUGUCAACCAUUGUUUGAACAAUAUGCCUUACUUGUUCAAUUUUUUAUUACUCAACAAACUAUGUCAUACAGAGUCCUAUCAAAAAUGAGUUACACUCUCUCUGCAUUAUUUACUGAUCUUGCUACUAAUGGAUUUUGUGUACCAGAUGAGUUUUUAGAGGGAGAAGAAUGUGAAUCAACUGAUGGUAAAAGUGGUAUGGGUCUUACCGAAGGGGAAGGUAAAAAAGAUGUAUCAGAUCAAAUAGAGAGUCAAGAUCAAUUAGAAGAUGCAAAAAAAAAUUACGAUGAUGAACCUGAAUCACAGAAAGAUCUUAAGGAAGAAGAAAAAGGUGUAGAAAUGUCAGAUGAUUUUGAUGGUAAAUUACAUGAUUUAGAAAAAGAAGUUGAAAAUAGUGAUCAUGACGAAGAAAAUGACAAUGAUGACCAAGAUAAAGAAAUGGGAGAAACUGGUGAAGGUGCAGAUACUUUAGAUGAAAAAUUAUGGGGUAGUGAUUCUGAAGAUGAAAACGGUGAAGAUCAAGAAGAUGAAAAUCUAAAAGAAGAUGAUGGGAAAGGAGGAGAUGAUUUUGGUGACAAGCAAUUAGGUGCUAAAAAUGAUAAUGAAAAUGGAGAAGAACAAGAUGAAACUGGAGAAAUGAACCAGAAAAAUAAUAAAAAUGAUAUUAAUGAAAUAAAUGAAAAUGGUGAAGAUGCUGGAGAAGAUCAUUCCGAUCCUCAUCAUGGAGAUUUGCCUCCUCCACCAGAACCAGAACCAAUGGACUUGCCUAAUGAUUUACAGUUAGAUGAGGGUGAAAUGAAUGAAAAUGAUGAAGGUGAAGAGAAUCCUUUUGACAUUGACACUAUGAAAGAAAAUAUGGAAAAUGUAGAAAAUAAAGAUGAAAUUAAUGAAGAGCCAAAAAAAGAUAAAAAUGAUCUAGAAGAUACAAGCGAUGAAGAAGAAAAUGGCAAUAAAAUUGAGGAUGAUAAAGGUGAUGAAAAUGAUGAAAAUGAUGAAAAUAUCCAAGAAAAUGAAGAAGACAAUAUAAAUGAUGAUGGAGGAAAGAAAGACGAAAAAAAAACCGGUGAAGAACCUAGAGAAGAAAAUGAAAAAAUUGAACAACAAGAAAAUAUAAAACCAUCAGAAGAUGAAUCUAGUAAAAUUGAAGUCCAACCUUCAAACAUUGAUAAUGGUGGUUCUAAAGAUCAAAUUUGUAAAAAUUCAGAUGGUAAAGAAGAUCAAGAUAAUGUAGAAGAAAACAAAGAAGAAGCAACUGGUCCUGAACAGCAAGGUGUUGGUAGAUCUCAAAGAGAAAGUAAAGAAACACAACAGGGACAUAGCACAGAUCAAGAUAAAGGUGCACAAAGUGAAGAAUCUGGUAUAAAAGAAAAAAAACGAAGAAUGAGACCUGGACAAAAGGAUACUGAUAGAACCUUAUCUGAAAGUAUUGGACCUAUGAAAAAAAGGCUUAAAACUACAGGUGCUCAAGAAGAAGACAAUGAAGAGGAUAGUGGUAUUAAUGAAAAUGAAGAUAAUAAUGAAAAAGGAGAUUUAUUUAAACAUGUUAAAGAAUCUAAAAAAUCCGAUACAGAAACUUUAGAUGCUGCUUUAAAUGAGCAACUUGAGAAUCGACCAUUACCUAAUAAUGAAGAUGAGUCGAGUGAAGAAUUAAAAGAUGAUGAUAUUGAAAUGGAAGAAAAUAUUGAUGAAGAGGAGCUAAAACUAGGAGAAGAUUUAGUAUCCGAAAAAAUUAAAACAAAUAAACACAGUAAUCAACCUACUACAAAUGAAAGCGAAAAUUUAGAUGAUGAAAAUUUAAAUGACGAAAAAAUUGAUGUUGAUGGUGAUAUAAUUUUAACACAUACAGUUGAAAGAGGAACAAAUACUAUGUUUUAUACUGGAGAAAUAAAAAGUGAUGAGGAAUUAUUAGAUAUGAAUGUUAAUGAUCAUAAGGAACUAUUACAAGAACAGUUUAACAAGUGGUUAGAGAAUGAAAAUAAAGAAAUUGAUAAAAAUGAAGCAUGGGAUAAAUGUAUAGAAGCUACAUCUAGUCUUGCUCAAGAGCUCAGUGAACAACUUCGGUUAGUAUUAGAACCAAGUAAAGCAUCUAGACUUCAAGGAGAUUUUAGAACAGGACGUAGAAUAAAUAUGAGACGAGUUAUUCCAUACAUAGCUAGUCAAUUUAGAAAAGAUAAAAUAUGGCUUAGAAGAACCAAACCUUCCAAACGACAGUACCAAAUUAUAAUGGCUGUUGAUAAUUCUAGCAGUAUGAUGGAUAGUCAUGCUAAAGUGUUGGCAUUCGAGUCUCUAGCUUUAGUUAGUAAAGCUUUAACUCUAGUUGAAGCUGGGGAACUGGGAGUUAUGAGUUUUGGUGAGCAAGCUAAAAUAAUUCAUCCAUUGGGAGAACCUUUUGCUGAACAAUCAGGUGCUAAACUAGUACAUAAUUUCACAUUUGAUGAACAGAAAACUAAAGUUGGUGAGAUGAUAGAAAUAGCAACAACAUCAUUUAAAGAUAGAGGUCGAUUAGAUAGUGGUGAUCAGCCUGCUCAAUUGUUAGUAAUUAUAAGUGAUGGUCGUGGUAUAAAAAGUGAAGGACCAGACGUUGUAAAAAAUGCCAUUCGAUCUGCCAAAACAAAUGGGGUCAUAAUUGUAUUUCUUGUAAUUGACAACCCAACUUCAAAAGAAUCUAUAUUAGAUGUCAAAAUGCCAAUAUUUGAAAAUAAUACUGUUCGAAUUGAAUCUUAUAUGGAUAAUUUCCCAUUCCCAUUUUACGUUAUCUUAAGGGAUGUUGAAAAGUUACCUAGUGUAUUGAGCGAUGCACUUCGAGAAUGGUUUGAACUUGUAACUAUUUAAAAUGGAAGUUUUUUUUUUUUUUUGAAAUAAUUAAAAAUAUCAAACUAUUUAUGGUGACUAAAUUAAUUGUUAUUUUAAUUUUAUUUUUAUGUAAAAAUAAUUAUUUUAAUAAAUAAUAUUUUGUAUUUAUCAA